AUGAAUGACCGCUCAAAGCUAGAAGACAGCCUUAAAGUCAUCUUACAACAACUCAAAUCUUUCAGCCCUACCAUCCCAAGUGACUCGAUUUUCGCUGAAUUGAGGGACUCAAUCAAUUACGUGGUUCUUCAGUCUAAAAAAUGUUUAAAAUUCACGGAUAGCAGCCUUGUGAAAUGCAAACGAGAAAUUUCAACCCCAUGCUCAGACAUCGAUACUCCACAUAUCCCGAAGGACUUUUGUUCUUUAUGCCUCCCUUAUGACCAUUUUUAUACAGGUCUUUUACCCGAUGAUCCCAAUGGAAACGACAUUCAAAAACUACAAGACGGAGAAAUAGAUGAAAUUGUAUUUAAGCUAAAGCAAAAUGAAUUAAGCAGGAAUUUUGUGAGAAGUGGAAAGAAAACUAGUCUUCACUAUGCGGCUUAUUGGGGCUCACAGACAUGUGUUCAAACAUUGAUACUACAGGGCUCUGAUCUUACUGCUCGUGAUGAAUAUGGUCUAACACCAAUUAUAUGGGCUUGCCAGUCGGACCGAUUAGGAAACCUAGUAAUCUUGUUGAAGGCAGCUAAAAUUCGAAGUGUUCCAGAAAAACAAUGGAUGUAUGAUAGUAGCGGUUAUCAUUUAAUACACCAUUCUUUAUUGAAAGAUGAUCGUUUGAAAUGUUUAGAAUAUUUAUCAAAUAGUGAGUAUGGAUUAAACGUUGAUUCAGAAGGUCAAAAUGCACUUCAUCAUGCUGCAAUGAAAGGUUUUCUUAAUGCAUGCAAAAUUAUUCUUCAAUAUAAACCGAAUGCUAUACUGUUGAAUCAGUUCAAUAAUGAGAAUCGUACCCCUUUGCAUUUAGCUACUAUAAAUGGACAUGGAAAUAUUGUUAACUUACUGUUAAGUCAUAAAGCAAAUCCAUAUCUACGUGACAAGAAUAAUUGUUCAUCAUAUCAAUAUGCAAUUACGAAACGUUUACAUUUUUGUCUAUUAAUUUAUGAACGUUAUAAUGUUGGUAAAGAGAAGCAACAAAAUGAAAAACAUUCAUUAAAUGAAAAUUUAAUCAAUGAAUUAACUACUUUUCGUCCAGUUAAUCCACAAUUUUCUCAUUAUCAGGAUUUUAAUUUAAAUACAUGUCAUGAUAGUGAUAGUCAAACAAAAAGUCCAUCUUCAUCAAUACCAGAUACCAGAUCAGUAGUACUAGUGAAUAAUAAACAGAUUAAUCAAAGUACAAAACAAGCGCACAACUCCUCUUCAUCGUUAAACGAUUCUAUUAGGAAAAAAAUAACAAAUAAUUUAUCAGUUGAAAGUAACAAUGAUAAUAACAUUGUCAAUAAAGAUAUCCAUCCUACACUAAACCAUGUUUCAACAAGAAUGUCUUUCAAAGGUCAUCUUACUGAAAUGAAAUCUAUGAUAAAUAAUAAAGAUAUACAAAAUCAUAAAGUGAAAAAUAAUUUUACAAUUAAACGUCAAUUACUACCAACAGAUAAAAGAGUACAUCGGAUUAACAAUUACUCAAAAGUACCAUCAAAACGAUUAAGUCAACAAAAUGAUCAAAUUCAUCAUUCAAUGCUAAAGUUAGGAAACCAUAUACAAUCAUCAUCAUCAUCAUCUGAUCAUUCAGAUGUAGAUAGUAAAAGAAAUGAUGAACCUAAUGAACGUUUAAUACCUAGACUAUAUAACAAUCAUAGUAUUAGUAAUAAUGGUAACGUUAUCAAUGCAACUUACAAUAAUAGCAAAAUUAAUUCCAAAGAUGUUGACAAGUUAAAAAAUAGUGAUAGUUCAUCGAUUUCUGAUAUAAAUUCAGUCCCUGAUAACGAGAGAAUUCUAAUGCCUACUCCACGUAAAACAUCAUGUCCAAAUGAAAUAAAUCAAAACAAUUGGAAGUCUGUAUUAUACCAUCCUAGACUUCUUAAACGAGGUCAAGUUAAUAAUAUACCACAAGAGAAUUCUAUAAAUAAUAUUCAUAAAAUAGGUGUAAACAAAUCAAAUGAUCUUGAUACAGAAUAUGAAAAUGAAAUCAUACCAUUAAAUAUGAAAAUAAUGACUAAACAAACAAUGAAUUCAUCUCGUUUAAAUAAAACAUCAUUAUUUAAAAAUUUAUUAACACCAUCUUUGAAUUCUAUUAAAACUAAUAAUAAUAAUAAUAAAUAA